AUGCCGUUGCUCGCUCCCAAAGAGGACAGGCAGACACUACGCAAUAACUUUGACAUCUGCCAGAACAUUAAGGCAAUAGCACACAUAAGCAUUGGCCUUGAAUUCCCCGCCUACGUCCUCGCCGCCUUGACGGCCACCGGUGGUAUCGCCGGCUAUGCCCGCACCAAGUCGAAGCCUUCCAUCAUCGCCGGUUGCGCUGUCGGUCUUCUUUACGGCCUAGGCGGCUACCGCAUCCAAAACAACCAGCCCCACGGCGUCGAGCUCGGCCUCCUCGCCUCCGUCGUCCUCGGCGGCGCUUCCCUCCCCCGCGCCAUCAAGCUCCGCAAGCCUGUGCCUAUGAUGCUUAGCGCCAUUGCUGCUUUUGGGCUGUAUACCUUUGGUGAUGCUUUCCGCAAGACUUUGUAA